AUGAUACCACAAACAAAUUGUCAACUGACCGUGUUCCUGGUCUGUACCCUACUGCUGUCCCUUUCAGCAACCGAUGCCGGCCCAACGUUCGAAUGUGAGCUCGAAAAGCGUGCCGACGAGAAUGUGUGCGUAUUCCGCAACGUUAUGUACGCCAGCAAUACUACGAGCGCUACGUUUAAGGCUCCGUCAGGCAAGAUCCAGCAUGUCGCCUUCGAGGACAGUACGCUUGAGCAGUUUCCGAAGGAGCUGCUAAAUGCAUUUCCCGAUCUGCGGUCGCUUAGUGUACCGAACACAAACCUUACCACGCUGAUCAUUCCCACGAAGCUGGAGCGUCUGAUCGCUUCGGAUAAUCAAAUUUCGCAUGUUGUCGUACACCAGGCGCGCGAUAGUACUACCAUGCUGGAGUUGAUGCUCGAUUCGAACCAUCUGCGCGAUGUGUCCAAUCUGACGCGGUUGGCAAAGCUGGAGAUUCUUAAUCUGAGUGGCAAUAAGGAGCUGCCCAACGAUGGCACUAUCGAGCUGGGACGGUUCAAGGGUAUGAAUGGGUUGCGUCACCUGUUACUCUCGGAUGUUGGUGCGUACUACCUCGAGAAUGAAAAUGACGUGUCACUACCGGAGCUAGAACUGUUGGACCUUUCGAACAAUAAUCUACUAACGUCCAGCUUGAACGUGAAGGUGUUUGCACCGAUGAAGUCGCUACAGAUUCUUCGGAUCGGGUACAACCAGCUCAACGAUCUGGAUGUAAUGCAGCUAACGCAGAAUAAUGAGCAGCUAAAGCAGAUCUACCUCGAAGGUAACCAUUUCAAGUGCGAUCAGCAGCGCUUGAUUCUGGAUCAUCUGAGCAAGGCUGGCGUUGAGACGCCCAUCACCAACAAGCAGGCCCAGUGCGUGUCCGGUUUUGAGAAGCAGGACAAUAUGUGCUGCAUGCCAGAGAUGCCCGGUUCGAUCGGUACGCAAGUGCCACCGAAGCAGGUGGGCGGUGGACAAGAUAACCGAAUGACGGAUAGAACGUCUACCAACACGGAAUCAGGGAUGGUACACGGUAAGGGCAGUGCAAGCACAAGUACUGUCACACCGUCUACUUCUGCUCCUGCAGUAAGCGUGCCGAAGUCGAACGAGGACGGCAAAAGCGUGGCUACGAUGGUAACGUUGGGUAACCAUAGCUGGCUCGGCGUGCUGACGUUGUUGGGGGCUACCAUUGCGAAACUAAUUCUAUUCUAA